GAUAGAUUUUGGUCUGGUUUAUCGAGAGUUGAAGGGGCCGUCGUGGUUGUGGAAGUUGUAUAUUUCGUAUUCCAUUCAUUUCAAUCGACCAUAGGAACAAUUAGUAGAGCUCGUCCACUGAUGCCUCAGAAACAGGCUGUCGUGAUCUUUUAAAAACUCCGUCGACCAAAAUCGUGUAUCAAGUUUCUACGAAUUAAGGAGAUGUCAACAUUGGCUCGACAAAUCACCCGCUGCUGUGUCGGACGUGAAUCUGAUUCACGGCUCUGCGUUUUCGAAUAACGCGUGCCGCCGAGAACGUCUUACUAUCGAUCGAGCUUUUGAAAUCGUCUCCUUCGUUUCUUGCUCUGCUUUUUGCUUUUGUUUUUUUUCGCAAAUGUCUCUUUCGUUCCCUUUAUUUUUUUUUUCGUUUAUUGCAAAACCCCAUUGAGCGGCAUCGCAAAGUACAUCAUGUUCGAUGCUUAAGGGGUGGGAAGAAGCUUUGGUUUUUAUCGAAUGGCCGGGUUCAGACUUUCACAGCUACUUUCUUUCCCAAUCACCAAGUCUCUUUCGUGUCAACUUAGGGCCCCGAAGAAGAAGUCUCUAUCGCAUCCAGACCCCUCCAUUCGCACGCUUCGCAAAAAACAAAAGAAACGAGAAGACGAGGAACGUAUCAUGCCCCCAAGAAAGACUCCGUAACAGGCUAACAGCAGACGUAAGCACGGACUGAGACCGGUGCCCUCGGCCAGCGACCUUCCUCCCCUCCAUCGUCAUCGCGUAAAGGAGAAAACCACCAUCAUCUCCGUUGGCUCUUCUCCCUCUCUUCUCGCGGGAAACUGAGCUCUCGAGACUUUCACGUCGUAGACCCGUCGUCAUGGGCAAGAAGCUCGACCGCCUGCUGGGAAGAUCCUUCAAGCCCUCCAAGUUCAAGCCCCUCGCCGCUCUCGCCGUCUCUCGCCUCGCGGUCCUCAGGAACCGCAGCCAGACCCGGCUCGCGCAGGCUCGGUCCGACGUCGCUCAGCUUCUCGAGCUCCCGAACCACGACCGAGCUCUGCUUCGAGUCGAGCAGGUGAUGAGGGAGCAGAGCACGUUGGAUGCUUAUGCCAUGAUCGAGGGCUACUGCCAUCUGUUGAUCGAGAGGGUCAACCUUAUUGAGCAGGACAAAAUUUGUCCGGAGGAGCUGAAGGAGGCAGCCUCGAGCUUGCUAUUCGCGGCGUCGAGGUGCGGAGAGUUCCCAGAGCUCCACGAGCUGCGCGGGCUCCUCACCUCUCGUUAUGGCAAGGGGUUCGCUGCUUCGGCUAUUGAAUUGAGGAACAACUGCGCAGUGAAUCCUCUGAUGGUAGAGAAGCUGUCAACCCGGCAGCCUAGCUUAGAGAGCAGAACAAAGGUGCUCAAAGAGAUUGCUGCAACCAACGGCAUAGCUCUGCAUGUCGAUGAACCCAUGGACCCCUUAGAGGAAAACACUGGUGUAAAGAUUAUGCCGGACCAGCCUAUCAGUUCUGUAGAUUCUAAACUUGAGGUUGACAACAAUAUGGAAAGUACAUCUAAAACAAAAGUGGUGAAUGACUUCUCUGACUCGUUCGAGGUGCAGAGUGAGUUCAAGGAUGUCGCUGAAGCAGCCCAAGCGGCUUUCGUGUCAGCUGCUUAUGCGGCAGCAGCUGCAAGAGCUGCGGUGGAACUGUCUCGAUCCGAAUCUCAUGGUCUCGAUGAUCAAAACAGUCCUAGUCCUAGUGCUCGAAGGUUAGAGGCGAGGCAGAAAUUUGAUCACACUGAAAAGCAACUCCAAAUUGAACAUGGAGCUCGAGGCUCUGUCAGGAGCAGAAAUGCUGCGGAAACCAGACUUUCGAUGUCUUCCUCCACCUCAGAUUCAGGAGAAUUGAUUACAACUCCUCGGGUUGGAGCAGGCUGGCCUAAUCACUCACAGGGGGAGAUAUAUUUCGACGAAAGCGACAACGAGAAGGAGCGUGAUCGAAGUGGAUCCCCAUCUGAUUUCUCCUCUCCUAUGCGAAUUCCGUCAAAUUUUCGAGCUGGCUUGAGGGCGGAAUCAGGUGUAGGAGGCCAUGUAGCACACCCAGCUGAAGCGACGGGCAUGCGCGUCGGACAGAUCCUGGACCUAGAGAGGAGACCGAUGUCUGUGAGGACUAGACAUGUGCGUGGUUACUGAGCAGUUUCUUAUGGAGCAACAGAUGUGCAGUCCAACCAUAUAUUGUUGUUCUUAUCAUGUAAUUACUAUGUGAUUUGGUUUCUGAUCGAGGGGUUGUCAAUAAUUUUUCCAGGCAGAGAGAAGUCACGAAUAGGUGAGGGUUUUGAUUCAGACUUUUCGCCAUCUGAUGGCAAGAAUGGGAUUGGUUUGUACUGUGCCAUGUUCAUAUUGUCAAUGUAUUAUUCUCAGUUGCACUCUCUGUCUAAAGGUUUCAA